AUGGCUGCCCAAAUUGUAACCCUCAUGGUUGAAAGAGAAGAAUUGAUGAUGGCACCUGCAAGGGAUGGGAUGCCUAUAUACAGACCGGCACGUUUCCUCCACCCUUCCCUAAAUGCGGAGGGUACCUCACCUACAGUACUUAUCCCUUCAACCAACACUAUCUCUUCAAAUAAUCCCGAUGUGUUCUUCGAUGGCUGGAGAAUGUGUACACAGCGUUGGGAACAGUGGGUGUCCCAAAUGCGCCCUCUCUACCAAACUCUAUGGGAGAGAGCCGGAAUUGCAGAUGCCAUCACCGGCUCUGUUUGCACCAUCAUAAAGCACAAGGAGGUUAUCCUCGAACUCUCCAAUAGAUGGUGCUCCGAAACCAAGUCAUUUAUCUUCCCAUGGGGAGAAGCGACAAUUACCCUAGAGGACGUGGCCGUAAUCGGAGGCUACAGUCUAGGAGAUUAUUGUGUUCUUAAACCAUUAGAAACUCCAGAUUUGAAGGACGUUGAGACCAUGCUGAAAAUGGAGAGACUGGAGAUCGGGCGAACAAAAGCAGCUAGAGCAUGUCAGUAUCUUUGGAUGAACAAAUUUAUGGGCACUGGAAGUAAUAUAGAGCAUGAAGCAUUUUUGUCUCUUUGGCUCUCCCGAUUUGUUUUCACUGGACCAGCAAUUAACACAAUUCGAACUAUUGUGUUCCCAGUUGCCAUCCAUCUAUCUAGGGGAACCAAAAUGGCGUUGGCCCCUGCUGUCCUAGCCAGCCUUUAUAGGGACCUUCAUUUGCUUAAACGACGUGAGCAAUGUAGAUCGCACAAACCAUCCAAAUCGAUGCUGCUAAAUAAGAUCACCCUUUGGGCUCCAUUUCAGUUGGUCCAGGCUUGGAUUUGGGAGAGGUUUGAGUCUUUGAGGCCACAAGACAUUAGAACAGUGCAGAUCACCCAGCCACUAAUAUGCCGAUGGAAUAUGGCAAGGGCCGAGAGCCUUGAAAAUGAAAAUAUUGUUCAAGGUUUCGAUAGGAGCGAGAAGAACUUUUUAUGGAGGCCAUACACAAUUCGUGUUUAUGAAGGGUUCAUGUCAGAACUGUAUGGUAAGAAGAUCUUGAGGGUGUUGAACACAUCUUUACACAGGGAAGCUCUCAUGGAAUUUGCCCGUUGUAUCAGGGUAUCUGAGCUUGUUGGGGUGGAAGUGGAUUGCAUUGAGCAAUAUCUACCUCAUCGAGUGGCAAUGCAGUUUGGGUUUGAUCAAGACAUUCCCAUAAGUCAAGUUGAUCGUGAAAAUGCAACUUCUGUGAUUGCAUGGAGAAAUUAUGUAAGGCCCAUUGUAGAUCAUAUCGUUGAUGUGCCAUCAAGAUUUUGUAAGCCUGAAAUAUCCACCAGGUACUACAUUUGUUGGAACAGAUCCAUAAGAAUUUAUCUUCAACGCCAACCUACAAACAGAAAUGAAGUUGAUAGAGGAGGCAUGGUUCCUACUUCGAGUUCUCAUGCUUCUACUUCGGCUCAGCCUCCUUCUAAUGCACGUGCUUCUCAGACAGGUUCAACAUUCAUUCUAACAACAGACCCAUUUCCCCCUCCUGGAUUCUCUUCCAAAAUGAUAUUUGCAGUGAAAAGUGAUAGCGGUGUCAUUUAUCUGCCCUUUCGCCCUACAUGA